AUGAAGGCAAACAAUUUGGGCUCAAUUUUCCUGCUCAUUUUGAGCGCGAUCGCCUCAGUUUUUUUGCCGACGUCACCUCCUUGGAUAGCAACAAUUUUGAUACGAUUUUUGAGUGAGUUGAAAAAAAUGAAAUUGUUUUGUUCCUAACAUAAAAGUCAUGGAUUGAAGGGAUCACUGUAGGGAACAUUAGUAAAUUUUUGAAAAUCGUAGAAAAUGUAUAGAAAAAUCGUAGAAAUUGUAGAAGAAAUGUGCAGAAAAAUUGUAGAAAACUGUUGUAAUUUGAAUAAGUUAUGAGGAAAAUUUUUAGGAAAUAUGUUGAAAAUAAGAAGAAAAAUGUAGAAAAAUACGUAGAAAAAUGAGUAGAAAAUGAGUAAAAAAAUUGUGCAGAAAAUUGUAGAAAACUGCUAAAAUUUGUAAAAAAAAUAAUGUGUUGAAAAUGCGAUUUUUCUUUUGUGAUAUAUGAUAAAAAUUUCUAGCGAAAGGAUGGUUAAAAAAAGUUUUUUUAAACUUAGAAAAAUUCAUGAUUUUUCUGCGAAUCCCUCAUUUUUUUCCAGAUUCCCAUGAACUAGUUUUUUUGUGAACUUCUACGCGGAUUGGUGCAGAUUUUUCGCAAAUGCUCAAGCCGAUUUUUCCUCGAGGCUUCCAAUAAAUUCACGGUUCGUUUUGGGAUUCUGCAUUCAUAACAGAAGAUUUUUUUAGAAAAAAAUUGAAAGAUAAUUGAAAAAUUCAGAAUGAGAAGUUUAAGGAGCAAGGUCCAAUUCAAAAAAAUAAUAAUUUUUUUAUGGAUUUAAAUUUCAAUAACAAAAAAAGUUAUUACAGAAUAUAUUCAUCAAAAAAAUUGCAAAGGUUUAGAUCAAAUAAUUGGAUAAAAACAGGCAUGUGAAAAAAAAAGAAAAUUUCAAUUUUUGAAAAAGUUUUUUUCGAUUUUUCCAUCAUAAAAAAACGGUUAUUAGUAAAUCAAUUUUUGAUAUUUUUUUAUGCGUUUUUUUCUCAUAAUUUCACUGUAAAUCCUUUUUAAAUGAUACAUCUUUCAUGUUUUAUUAAUUAUUAAGUUUACUUAAAAAAAUAUCGACUUUUUCAUAAUUUUUUUCAAGAUCGAAAAUUUUUUUGGAUUCAAAAUUUUGACUCAUUAAAUGGAGACUUUGCUAAAUUUUUUUAUUGCGAAUUUAAUAGAAGAAGUCCGAUUUUUUUAAAUUAUAGUUUUUGAUUGUAAGAAAAAAAAUAGCUAACUCUUGACUUCAUUUGGAAGAUAUAUUCGAUGAAAAUUGCAUUUUUUUCAAGGGGAAAAAAAUAGACAAAAAAAUACAAGAAUUUGAAGAAAAUUAGAAUAAUAAGAAUGAUCACAUCUUCGAAUAUUACAAUAACGAUUUUUUUGAGAAAAAUUGUUUGAAAAAAAAGACGAUUUUGGAAAUUUUUUUCAAGUUUCCUUUCAGUUUUCAUCAUGAAUAAGAUCAUUAUUUCAAUUUUUUUCAUUAUUUUUAAAUUAUUUUUUUACAUCUUAAUUUAUUUAAAAAAAUCGAUUAAAAAAAUGGUUCGUUAUCAUGGUUGUUCAACUAUCGAUUUAUUGGAGAAAAAAAUAUCGAUUUUUUUCAAUUUUUUUAGGAUCGACCUGCGGGACAGGUCGCCUGGGCCUCAGUAGACGCUGAUAGAAAUCGUUAGUUUUUGAACUUUUUAAAAAAAAAUCAGAAAUUUUGUUCAUUUUCCAGCUGCCAUUGCAUCGAAAUUCCACGUCAACAAGUACCCGACUCUGAAAUUAUUCCGAAACGGGGAAGUCGUCAAGAAAGAAUAUAGGUUUGGGAAGAAAAAACGGAUUUACUGUGAUGAAAAUACUGAAUUUUCUCUUUUUCCAAAGAUUUUCGCGAACUUAGAGUGGUCCCUAUAGGGGUUAGGCAGAAAAACAGCCCCUAAAGGGGACGAAAAAGUGCUCCUUAUAGGGGUAAAGUUUAGGCGGUCCCUAGAGAGGUUUAAAAUCUGGCUUAGGAAGUUUUAGUGGCCCCUAUAGGGGAAGGUAAAGUGGUCCCUAGAGAGGUACCUUCAAGGGCCGUUCAAGGUUGUCCCUAUAGGGAUCACUCUGAAGUUUAUAAGAAGAUGUCCAUGAAAUUUCUUCUCAUGACGGUAAUGAAUGAACAAAAUUCAAUUUUGAACUAUAUUUAUCGAUUUUUGAGCCUUCAGAAGCACGAGAUCUGUGGAAGGAUUGGCGGAAUUCAUCCAGAAACAACUCGAAUCAACUAUCAAAUAUUUCUCCAAUCCCAACGAUUUUGCGGCUGCCAUCAAUGUAUUUUUCAGUUUUUUCCAUGAAAUUAAUCGAAUUUUCUUCAGCCCGACCGAAGGACCAUCCUCUCGUACUUCAAGGAGCAAAGCGGCGUUGAGUUUGAUAAUUUGAAAAAGGUUUUUUUUUUCAUUUUUCUUGGAAAGUUAGUGGUUAUUCAACUUCUAGAGGUUGAAAAAAAAAAUGGAAAAAGUAAUUUUAUAGAAAGAAUAGAUCAUGAUAGAAAAAUAAUGAAUCAAUUUUUAAAAAGGACCGAAAGUAACUAAGUUAAGCUUGAUAAUUUAAAAAAAAAGCCUGAAAAUGAGUAAUUUUUUUGAACCUUUAGAUCAUAUGAAAAAAAUUCGGAAUCCCAUAAUUUUAAAAAAACAGACCAAAAAUGAAGAGUUUUGGAGCCUUGAAAUUAAUUUUUGCGACAGAAUUUUUCGGAAGUAUCCAAUUUUUUUCAAAUUUUGAAGCUUGAGCACUUUUUUUCUUCAAUUUUUCUCAUUUUUUUGACCAAAAAAAGGCUCAAAUAAAUAUUUUGAUUAAAAAAAGAAUUCAUUAAUUAAUUUUUUGGCCGUUUUAAUGGAUUUUUUUCGGAAUUUUUCCAGUAUUUAGCAUUUUGCAAAACUUGUAAUUUUUCCAUUUUUUUAAUUCACAAAAAUUUUUCAUCAUGAUGUAUUCAUUUAAUUCGCCAAAAGGAAAGAUGUUUGAAAAUACAAAGUUUGAAAAAAAAAAGUGCCGGAAAAAGUGAAAAAAAACAAGAUUAAGAAACGUCCGUUUUUUUAUUAAUUUGCAAUGUGACACGAAAAAAAGCGGUCGCAUUUUGUAAACGUCCGUACUUCAUACAAUUCCAUCUUAUAAGAAAUUGUUCGAUCCUUUAUAAAAUUCCUAACUAGGGAACGAGUGAAGACAAAGUGACUUUGCAGGUGGCCUCCCUGAUGCGCGAGGAUUGCGAUUUCCUCGUCGGAAUCGGCGAAAAUAACUUCCCCAACGAACUCCAGACGGCCGAUCCCAAGCCGAAACUGACCUUCAAACCGUCGAAGGUGACUUUAUUUAUUUAUUUUUGGAUCGAAGACAGAAUUUAUGAAAGACUUUUUAAGAAAAUUGUGUAAAAAAAAAACGCAAAAAAAGGAUUGAGUUUAAAAAAAAUCGAGUUUCAAGACUUUGGCAAGUUUCCCUUGAACAUGAUAGAUUCACCGAAAUCCAAUCAAGAUUUGGCGAAAUAUUGCGCGAAAAGAGGAGGUUUCAGACGUUCUUGUAGUUUUUUCUUCAAAAAAACUGCACGCCUUUCAGAAAUCCUGAAGCUUGAAGUGACCACUUGAGUGAAUUUGGCCCUCUUUAAGUUAUUUUUCUAGGACAUAUUCUACAAACCGAGAUAGUGUGCGAAAUGAGGAGGUUACAGAAUCCGUUAUGGUUUUUUUCCUAUUCAAAAGUAGCACCUUUCAAAAAUCCUGAGCUUUUAGUGAUCACUUGAGGGGAUUUGGGCCUCUUUAGGGGUUUUUUCUAGAGAAUAUUCCAUAAAUCGAGAUAGUGUGCGAAAUGAGGAGGUUUUAGACGUUUUUAUUGUUUUUUUUUUUCUUUGAAUGGUAUCGUGAAAAGUAUACCUUUUGAAAUUAAUGAGGCUUUUAGUGAUCACUUGAGGGAUUUGGGCCCCUUCAGGGGACUUUUUUUGAGAAAUUUUAACCGAAUUGUAGUGCUUUCACCGCUGUUUUGACACGAUAUUCAAUAAAGUAAAAUAGUGUGCAAAAAUAGGAGUUCUAGACGUUUUUUUUUUCGCUAAAGGCUCCUACGCUUGUCAGAAAUCCGGAGGCAUUUAGGGAUCACUUAAGGGAUUUCAAACCUCUUUAGCGCUCACUUGAAGCACCAAACGCCCUCACUUCACAAAUCCUGAGGCUUUUAGUGGUCACUUGAGUGAAGUUUUUCCUCUUUAGGUUAUGUUUUCUAGACAGUAUUCUGUGAAUCGAGAUAGUGUGCGAAAUGAGGAGGUUUUAGAAGUCAUAAAGGUUUUUUUUCAGUGAAAAGUUAGUACCUUUUAAGAAUUAUAAGGUUUUUAGUGAUCACUUGAGGGAAUUUGGGCCUCUUUAGGGUUUUUUUUUUUAAAAAAAAUUCGAUCGAUUUUGUAGUUUUUCACCGCUUUUUAGUGACAGUACACAAUAAAUCGAGACAGUGUGCGAAAUUAGGAGGUUUCAGACAUCGUUGUAGUUUUUUUUUCUUCAAAAGAACGCCAAACUGCAAAAAUCCUGAGGCUUUUAGUGAUCACUUGAGUGAAAUUUCUCCACUUUAGGUUAUUUUUCCAGAGAAUAUUCCAUAAAUCGAGAUAGUGUGCGAAAUGAAGAGGUUUUAGAAGUCAUAAAGGUUUUUUUUCAGUGAAAAGUUAGUACCUUUUAAGGAUUAUAAGGUUUUUAGUGAUCACUUGAGGGAUUUGGGCCCCUUCAGGGGACUUUUUUGAGAAAUUUUAACCGAAUUGUAGUGCUUUCACCGCUGUUUUGACACGAUAUUCAAUAAAGUAAGAUAGUGGGCAAAAACAGGAGUUCUAGACGUUUUUUUUUCGCUAAAGGCUCCUACGCUUGUAAGAAAUCGAGAGGCAUUUAGGGAUCACUCAAGGGAUUUCAAACCUCUUUAGCGCUCACUUGAAGCACCAAACGCCCUCACUUCACAAAUCCUGAGGCUUUUAGUGGUCACUUGAGUGAAGUUUUUCCUCUUUAGGUUAUGUUUUCUAGACAGUAUUCUGUGAAUCGAGAUAGUGUGCGAAAUGAGGAGGUUUUAGAAGUCAUAAAGGUUUUUUUCAGUGAAAAGUUAGUACCUUUUUAAGAAUUAUAAGGUUUUUUUAGUGAUCACUUGAGGGAAUUUGGGCCUCUUUUAGGGUUUUUUUAAAAAAAUUCGAUCGAUUUUUGUAGUUUUUUUCACCGCUUUUUAGUGACAGUACACAAUAAAUCGAGACAGUGUGCGAAAUUAGGAGGUUUCAGACAUCGUUGUAGUUUUUUUUUCUUCAAAAGAACGCCAAACUGCAAAAAUCCUGAGGCUUUUAGUGAUCACUUGAGUGAAAUUUCUCCACUUUAGGUUAUUUUUCCAGAGAAUAUUCCAUAAAUCGAGAUAGUGUGCGAAAAGAGAGGUUUUAGAAGUCACAAAGGUUUUUUUUCAGUGAAAAGUUAGUACCUUUUAAGAAUUAUAAGGUUUUUAGUGAUCACUUGAGGGAAUUUGGGCCUCUUUAGGGUUUUUUUAAAAAUUCGAUCGAUUUUUGUAGUUUUUUUCACCGCUUUUUUAGUGACAGUACACAAUAAAGCGAAAGAGUGUGAGAAAAUAAGAGGUUUAGACGUCUCUUCUGUUUUUUUCCUCUUCAAGCGUUGCACUGGGCGUUCGCUACGUCUUUCAGAAAUCCUGAGGCAUUUAGUGAUCACUUAAGCGGUUUCCUCGCGAAAUAGUGUGCUAGAAAAGGAGGUUUAGACGUUUUUUUUUCCAAAGAUAUCUGUGAAGGGAUCGCCAGGCGCUCUUUUGCCUCUUGGAGUUUCCUGAGGCGCUUAGGGAUCACUUGAGUUUUUUUCAGCCCCUUUAGUGAUCACUAAAGAUUGUAAUCUUCCUCCAAGUUCAAUCACUUUGAGUAAGAAAAGUUUCAAGAAAUAAAAUUGAUCCAAAAACGCUACAGUGAAACCUAAAAAUCGGAUUUUUCAACACCUUUAAUUUUUUUUUCCUUCCAUUUUCAUUUUUUUCCAGUCCGACAACCAACAGCUCCCAUUACCCUAUGGAGGAGACCUUCAAAAUUUCGAAGACCUCAAGUUUGUUUUCUAAUCGAUUAAUUAGUAAUAAUUGAUUAUUCUGCAGGAAAUUCGCCUCUGACGUCUGUGUCCCGUUGGUCCGCGAAAUCACCUUCAAUAACGCUGAGGAACUCACCGAGGUAACGAUGAAAAAGACAGGAAAAAAAUCGAUAUUUUUUUCGAAAUUCCCAAGUUUAUUCUUGAAAAAAAAUGUUUUUAAUCGUAAAUUGGUUGAAUUUAGGCUAUUGAAAGUUGAGGAAAAGUUAAAAAUUUAAUUUUUUUUUUUUCUCGAAUUUCAUUCUUUUUUAAAAUUUAUCACGAACAGAAUAUUUGCCAUAAAACAUUUUUGAAACGUUCUAUAGAAAAUUUAGGAGAUUUUUAAAAAAAUUUUUCUGAACAACCUUUUUCUCUUCUUUUUGAACUUUUAUUGGGUUUUUUUCUUAUAAUUUUUUUGGGUUUGGCGACAUUUUUUUGUAGUAUAAUUAUCUUGGAGAAGCGGGCUGAAAUUCUGGAAUCAUAGAGAAAAAAAUGGUUUUUUUCAAUACUGACAAAGGCUCUUUUUAAAUCGCUUCCCCGUUUCUUUUUCCAACUUUAGGGGAAAAUUCAAGUUCAGCUACAUUGGUGUAGACCAAUUCGAAAAAAAUCGAUCAAUGAAAAAAACGGCACUUUAGUGACCAUUUAUGCUGAUAUAAAUAAAAAGAAACAGCGAAAAUUCAAAUUCGAACUUUUCUCAGGAAGGACUGCCGUUCCUCAUCCUUUUCAAGCACCCGGAUGACACGGCCACCGAAAAAAAUCUUCACUGA